CCUGCCCCAGGACACCCCCCCCUUGCCCUGCCCUGGGGCAUCUCCCCCCUGGGGCUGGGCCAGCGUGGGGGGCAAAGAGGAACUCGGCGGGGGGGCACCUCUCUCGCCCCGAGCGACACGGGGGCCCUCCGUGGGCGGGAGGGCGAGGGGGCGGCUCGUUUCCUCCAGCGCUGCCCAGGGCUGAACUCCCGGAGCGGGACCCCCAGGCCGGGGCUCGCAGGCGAAAGUGGGGCGAACCCCCCCCCCCACGAAUCGUUCUGCCGGGAGGCCGAACUCCUGGGUUCCGCGGGGGCGGGGGCGGGAUCGGACUCCUAGGUUCCGCCCCGGGCAGGUCCCGCCCCCGUGCCUGGCUGCCGGCGGGAUGGGCGGCGGCGGCGGCGGCUGCAGGUUCGACUUGGGGCGCGGGCCCCAGCGCCUCAUGCGUGCUGGCAUCACCCUGAUCGUCCUGGGCCACGUGAACUUCAUCCUGGGUGCCAUUGUGCACGGCACGGUCCUGCGUCACGUGGCCAACCCUGAGCGCACGGUCACCUCUGAGUACACGGCCGCCAACGUCAUCUCCGUCGGCUCCGGGCUGCUGAGCAUCACUGCUGGGAUUGUGGCCAUCUUGGUGUCCCGGAACCUCCUCAAGGCAGCCCUGCACUGGGCCUUGCUGUGCGUCUCACUGCUGAACUGCCUGCUCUCUGCUGCCUGCAGCCUGGGCUUGGCCCUGGCCAUCUCCCUCACCAUCGCCAGCAAGGGGCACCGCCUGAUCGUAGGAUGCAACAGCUCUGCCCUUCCAGCUGAUGCCCGGACUGCCAUCCCCACCAACGACUGCCCCUUCGACACCACCCGCAUCUACGACACGGCGCUGGCGCUCUGGUUCCCCUCCAUGGUGAUGGCUGUGGUGGAGGCUGUGCUUUCCGGCAGGUGCUGUAUGGUGUCCCUGAUCCUCCGUGGCGUUGGUCCCUGUGCAGACACCUACAUCCGCCAGCAGAUCCAGAGUACCCCUCUGAUACUUAUAACUCCUGCCCCCCCGGGUUCAGUCACCCCGGGCCUGGCAUCGCACUGCCCCUGGGGCACCUUGCUCAGCCGUCGGCCUCCUUUCCAGCUGGAGCAAGAGAGGGCGACAAAGGAGGUGGCAUCUGAGGACCGGCACAAGCAAGAGCUGUGCCAGCUGCUGGCUGUGGAGUACGGGGCCAGGACCUAGUGGCAGAGGUGCUGCUCCAGGAACCCCCAGGCCACAUCAGCCGGGACUGGGGGGGGUGAAGUGCCCAUCAUGCUGAUGCUGCCCCAUGGAAGAGGCAGGGGACAGGGCCAGGAGGGAGGGGGGAGCUGCCCCACCCUGCAGACUUUUCCUUGGGGAGCAGACUCCCUUCUGCUGUGGCAGGGUCCUGUUGGUAUCAGGGCUCCCGUGGCUGUCCCCCUCGUGCCCGGAGUGUGCCAGUCCUGCUGCCAGCCCUCCCAGGGCUCUGCCCACCAUGCUGUGCUGAGCUCCCACCCCAUCUGGCCAUGGGGGAAGGGACCCCCCCCAGAGAUGCCAGUGCGUAGGGGUAGAAGCAGCCUGAGCAGGGACAUCUGGACAGCCAGUGACCUCCCUGCAAGUAGGACUGGCCUUUCUCAGCUCCCCUCCCUCCACCCCUGCCCCUUAGCUCGCCCCACUCCCACACCCAGCCAUGGCAUGAGCCGGCCCUCACCCUGGCCCGCUGUGGUUGUGCCAGGCCCUGCCAAGUCUGCGGCGCCGGGACAGGCCACCGCUCUGGGGCCGGGGCUUGGCUGGCCCUCAGGCACCAGCCAAAUAAACUUUGUUCAUGAAUCUCAGUGGUUUGGGACCUGGUUCACCAAGCCUGGAUGAGCUGGCUGCAAGCGAGAGCUCGGCGGGGUACAGCCCAUGGCAAUUAGCCAGACUCCAAGGGUUUUGGGGGGGGGUGAACAGCAAUGGGAAGCAGGUAGUAACUGGGGUCAGGAUCAUGGGAGGGGGCCGGGCAGGGGCUGGGUCUGUGUGUAGAAUGGGGUGGAGCCUGGCAGGGGGUGGGUGGUUGUAGAGGGGAAGGACCCUGUCUCUGGCCAGCCCCUGUUGCUCAGCAGCUGGCUCAGCCUGCCAUUGCUCUGGUGCCCUAGAGGAAGAUGUGGGGUGCUGGAUACUGCUUGUACAGUCAGGGUCUGCUGCUUGGCACGCGACCCUUGCCCUGCACUUGCAUCCCCCAGGCAGCAGAAGGGCCCAGCCUACCCUGGCCCCACAGGGCACGGUCUGGAGGGCAGGGGCCCUGUGCUCAUUUCUGGUAGCUCCAAACCCAGCCUGAGCCCUGUCACUUCAGGGCCCUCCCGGUGGUGCGAGAGCCUGUGUUGGGCUCCUGCACUCACCCCCUGCCAGCCGGGCUUG